AGAAUCUAUACUAUAUAAUAAAGACGAUUCAUCAUUUUUCAUAUUUAAUUCGAUAUUAUAUCAAUUUUCCUUUGAUGGAGAGAAGUAACUCAAAAGAGUUAUUAAAAUGUACGUUUGAUAUUAUUUAUUCGUAUGGGCAAAUAUUCCAAAGUCGACUGUCGGCAAACCAAGAGGAGAAGUAAUAGAAGAAAAAGAAGAAAAAGAAUAGAAAGCAGAAGAGAAGAGAGGUGAGACGUCGCGACGCUUGCGCCACAGCAACAGCAAUUCCGUCAGACGGCGCCUCGACGCUAGCAGCGUCGGACGGACGGAUCGCUCGCUCUAGACACCCAGUCAGCCUCCACAGAGCUAGCCGGUUCUUCUCUUCUCCCUUUUCCUCCGCUACCUCCUCACCCUCUUGUUCAUUUUACUCCCACUUUUUGCACCCUUCGCGUUCGAGAAGCGCGCGCGCACAUCUACGUACGUACACACGCGUACACAUCUCCCACCACCCUUUUCGAUAUCCUUGCUCGUAGUGUUAGAGAAAGAGAGAGAGAAAGAGAGAGAGAGAGAUAGAAGGAGAGAGAGAGGAAAUCACCAUCCCCCGAAUGACGCGAGAGGGAGUUAGAGUUCCUAGCUUGUCCCCCACAGUUGCAGUGCGUUCCCAACACCCGUGAGACAACCUCGAACUGUCCCGACGUAAGCAACGAAAUACACGCACGUACGGAUCGACACUCACAUUCGCGCACAACAAGAGUCACGAAGAGACUCAAUUUUUUCGCGUUCUCAUUUACUCUUCCUUGGUCUCUCUCUCUCUCUCUCUUUCUCUCUCUCUUUCUCUCUCUCUCCUCUCUCUCUCUCUCUCUCUCUCUUUUAUACUGGCUAAUCCAACUAUACCUCGAGCUCCCUCUCAAACUUUGAGGGAGGAAAACAUUCGACUACAGUUUGAAUACGUGACGUUUAACGCUCGAAAGAGAGAUUUUUCCUCUCUAUAUUUUAUCUUUCUCUUUCCUCAUAUCUGCCUUUAUAUUUUUCUUCGGGAUAUCUGUUUUUCCUUCUUUUAUCUUUUAUUCGCCUUUACUCCUUUUACCUUUUCUACCAAUUGAACUCGUACGUUUCCUCAGUGCCCAGCGAUUUGCCGUAUCGUACAAAGCACACAGUCAGUGUAUUUUUUGUAUAGAAGUAUAUCGAAAAUUUUUCAGAAGAAAGCUGAUCGGACUAAAGAAUAUGAGAGUUCUGCAAGGUGAGAUCAGUUUAAAGUGCGCGUUUAUUGCAGUAUCUGAGCAAGUUUCCUAGCAUAGAAAAGUGUUUUUCCUUUGAAAGACAAAAAAGCGAGUUAAGAUGGAGUGAGAGAAAGAGAAAGAGAAAGAGAAAGAGAAAGAGAAAGAGAAAGAGAGAGAGAGAGAGAGAGAGAGAAGAAAGAAGAUGUAGCCAUAAGCUGUAAAUCCUGAGUCAGUUUCUUCGGUGGAAAGUUCCUAGAGAACGAAUCGGUGGUCAACAAAGAGAAUAAAAUCACAAGAAGCGAUUAUUCGAUCACGCAAAAGGGAUGCUGCGUCAUAAGGACAAGAGACACGAUCAAAAUCGAUGGAAGAAAAGAUAGCACAGAAGAAUAUCGUCGUGAUCGAAAAGGUGGAUCCUGGUGAUUAUCGUUCUUCGCGGGAUUAACGACCUUGAGUGAUCUCGUGCUGGUGAUAAAAAAAGAGGAACAGGAUAAACUCUACGAGGUCGUGAACGUUUUUAAAUUCUUUCGAAUUUUCUCCAUGUUGUAUAGAUAUACACAUACAUAUACAUAUAGUACAAAGAAGAAAAAGUAAGUAGGAGAAAAAAAAGGACGUUGCUCGUUACGAGGUAAUAACUUUGUAAUCGCGUAAAUAGGUGUACAUAGAAAAAUUCGACGGGACCGAUCGGUUCGAUUUAUUCAUCGUAAAAUACUCACGCUGAAAACGAUAUUACUUUGUAGCGUGAGCAAGAGAGAGAGGAAGAGAGAAAAAGAGACAAAAUUAUAGUCUCAUUCUUUUCGUCUUCCUUCCCAUAUCACUUCUUUUUCUUCCUUGUCCUUUUCUUCUUGUCUAUUUCGUAUUUCUGUCGUUUUAUCUUAUACCAGUAAUCGAUAGAUCUCUACAUAAGUAUAUAACACGCUCGAUUAGUAUUUCAUGUGUGCGUCCAUAUGUAGGUGACUGUGCAUACAAUUACUGCGUACACGUAUACGCAUAUGUAUAUAUAUUACGAAUGUUCUGCUGCCCGUCGAACAUAUCGUUCGAGAAUCGAUCGAAUUACGGAUAUUUAGUGUGAAAGUUAUUCGAAUUUCGAAUUGGGAUUCGUGUGUUUUUCGUCGUGCAUACGCGAUCAAUAAAUAAUCUUUCUCGCGGUCUAUAAUUCUAUCCGCACACUUUUUCCGUUAUUCAAUUUCUUGUUGAUCUUCCUUUUACUUUAUAUAUAUAUAUUUAUAUAUAUAUAUAAAGUUAUAUAUAUAUAUUAUAUAUAUUAUAUAUAUAUGUGUAUGUGUGUAUACAGACACACACACACACACACACAAAGAGACACAUACAUACAUACAUACACACACACAUAUAUAUAUCGAAGCAUUUAUCUUCCAAUAUGAUUCGGAAAGCAGGUCGGAGCAGUACGGGUAUCCAACGCUUAGACUUUAGUCCCCGUGCGAUAAUUAAUUAUUAGCUCGCGGACGUCGUUAGUGCGAAUCAACGUACAAGUUAUUUCAAACGUCGAGACCUUUAAAUACGAAGAGCCAAAAUUGUGAGAGAGAUAGAGAAACACAGUGUUUCGAUAAAUAAUCGGGCUUUCUUGAAUCAAAAAAAGUUUUCUCUCUCUCUCUCUCUCUCUCUCUCUCUCUGUCUCUCUCUCUCUCUCUCUCUCUCUCUCUUUUACACGAUUCAGUAUAGUUCGUGUCAAAUAUCCAUGCCUGGGAUUAAUUUAAAGGAAAGGUUAGAAAGGGGGACCAAUUUUUCACGCGCAUUUUAAUCCUCUCUUUCUUCUUUCUACUUUUACCAUGCGUCUACACAUUUGUAUAGUUUAAUCUUUACCCUCUCGAUCCUUUCAUACAUCCAUCCUACUCGCCGGAUGUUCAUCUCUCUCCUUUUGCUUCUUACUCGCUUUCUUUAUCUCUUUAUCUCUCUCUCUCUCUCUCUCUCUCUCUCUCUCUCUCUCUCUCUCUCUCUCUCUGUCUCUCAUUUUCUAUAUGAAUACAUUUUUUUUCGUUCGAUCGUAUUGAUACUGUCAUCGUGAGCCAGUGAAUUCUGCAGUCGCGAUUCACGCAAAGCAAUAACUAAAGGGCCAAUCUACGAUUAAGACAACGACAACGAUGAUGUAAAAAAACGAAGAGACGCAGAAAGAACAAAAAGAAAAAAGGAAGAAAGGCAGAGAAAUGAGGACACUUCGAUGCCUUCAUUGAGAAACAAUUCGCGUCACCGAGCGUCACUUACCGCCCCAGAUAUUAGCUUCAGAAUGAAAGAUCUCAUAAUUCUUAUGUAGACGAUGGUUCAACGUUUUAUUAAAUAAAAAAUUUAAUAUCUAUAAAAACACAAUCUCACGUAUUAGGUAAUAAAUCUGCACUUGAAGUGAAAGACGACGAGUAAAGGAGGAAUUUAAAAGGAGAAAGAGAGAAGGGGUGAAGGAGAGAAAGAGAGACUGGUUCGAUCUUCGAUAAGAAUGACAAUGUCGAAGCGGGCAUGACGGCGCUGACCUCGAGAUGCGACGAGACCACCACUCUCUUGCUAUUGUUAUUACUGGAAUUGGCACCUGGUGCAAGCUGUUAUCCGCGUUCCUCUAUCGGCGCGACAUUAGAGGCGUCCUCCAACGACGGUGGUGCGUCGUCCCCCGACGUAAGUUCCUCAACCGCGACGAGAUAGCAUCCGCAGAGCACGGCGAGGGUGCGAGUGAUGAUUCCGCCACUUCUUGGGAACAUUAUGUUUAUCGACGACGCCGGUAGCUCGGCAACGGCGUCCACGAACGUCUUCGAGGAGAACAUGACGUGGUCUCGUUCGACAAUUGCCGGCUCAACGUCUUUUUCUACGAUCAGCGAGGCCACCUCGAAAAGCUACGAGGAAACGAGAGAAGAACGAGGGAGGACAGAAACGAUCACUCGCCUUACCGAUUUUGCUGUCGGUUGGACCGACUGGAACGGCACCGAGCGAAUAGAGGAAAGUAGAAGAGAAGGGGAAAAAAACAAGUCGGUGGAAACUUCUAACGAUCCAAUCAAGGAGAUCGGUGAACAGCCGAGAGGAAGAAAUCCCCUCGGUUAUGCCUGCGAAAGGGAAGAUUCUUUGAUUUCCAGCGUCUCCGAUAGGAGCACUUUUGAGAUCUUCACUGGAAGUUCGAGCCUUGGCGUUGAUCUUCUCUUUGACGUAACCUCCGACACUAUGAAAGAUCUUGCCGUCUCUUCCUCCAACGACUCCAUCUUCAACGAGAGUCUACAGUAUACUUCGAAUAAAAGCUAUAAUAAUGAGACCUUGAUCGUUUUCGGUGAUAGCAUGUAUCCAUCGGGAUAUACUUUGCCGCACAUCAUCCUGGCCUCGAUCGUGGCUACCCUUUUGAUGGUAGUAAUCGUCGUUGGUAACAUGCUUGUAAUAAUUGCGAUUAUGACGGAGAAAGCACUGAAGAAUAUUCAGAACUGGUUCAUCGCUAGUCUCGCUGUCGCAGACUUCUUCCUGGGUCUCAUCAUAAUGCCAUUCUCAUUAGCGAACGAGAUCAUGGGUUAUUGGAUCUUUGGCUAUUGGUGGUGCGAUAUAUACUCAGCGAUGGAUGUGUUACUCUGCACGGCCAGCAUCAUGAAUCUCUGUCUCAUAAGUCUCGAUAGGUUCUGGAGCAUUACUCAGGCAGUGGAUUACUUGAAGAAAAGAACACCGGCUAGGGCGGCACUUAUGAUCGCCCUCGUCUGGCUACUAUCCGCUCUCGUUUGUAUACCGCCAUUGCUUGGCUGGAAGAGGCCAACACCGGAAGAGGAUUAUCCCAAAUGCAAGCUCUCAGAGGACAUCGGUUACGUUCUGUACUCGGCUCUUGGGAGUUUCUACAUCCCCUCCUGCAUCAUGGUCUUCGUGUAUAUACGCAUCUAUUUCGCGGCGAAAGCUCGAGCGCGUCGCGGAAUUCGGAAACAUCCACGGCCACGGCCGAUGUCGGUGCCACCGGAAUCACCGGAUAUCAGACAGACGAGUUUCACGCAUAGCACUCCGGCAACCGAAAUGAGGAGAUCGACAGCGAGUGCCGGAGGUAGCGCUGGGACGCUUCUGGAAAACGUCGCGACAAUUGAAAAUCAACCAGUCCAAAUACCGAUCGUCACCUGCGACUUCGCCAGUGACGUCAGCACCUCUGAGGCCGAUCCUGCCGGUGGUAAUAAUAUACCUAUGGAGGAAAAAGACACCUUAAAGGUAACGAUACCCGUACCGGUUCAAAAGAGCAACCUAAAGGCAAGUUUGUCGGUAAACGGCGACGGUCAAUCGAGUCAGAGCGUGCCGGCACGAUGCAGAGCACCCAGUGUUGGCAUCGAUGUAGACAUGGUGUCGGAGUUUGAUCCUUCUUCGUCGGACAGUGGCGUCGUCUCGAGAUGUGCCGUAGUGAAGCCAUUAAAGCUGCGUCUUUGCCAGCCAAUUUUUGGUCGGAAGACAACUGGUAAGUUGAAGAGAGAGCAAGCAGAAACGUCUCAACACCAAGGAAAAGAAGAAAUCGUGAUCGAGCCGAAAUCGUCGAAACCACGCGAUCCGGAGCGAGAGAAGAGACGAUUAGCCAGAAAGAAAGAGAAACGAGCUACCCUCAUCCUUGGAUUCAUCAUGGGUAGCUUCAUCGCCUGCUGGCUACCUUUUUUCCUUCUUUAUAUCGUGAAACCCGUGUUCCCGGAUCUCGAUAUACCCAGCCAGGCAUUUGUCAUUGCCUUUUGGCUUGGUUACAUGAAUUCCGCUUUGAAUCCUUUUAUCUAUACGGUGUUCAACAAGGAUUUCCGUCGGGCGUUCCGUCGUAUACUUUUCAAAUGAAAGACAGCUUCUCUCCGUGAGGAUAACAAAUAGCAAAAUGUUCAAAUUCGAACUAAUUUCUUCUGCGGAAAAAGAUCGAAAUGCCGACCUGAUCAAUCGGUUUCAAGAUCGAGAAGGAUCGAGGAAGGUUCUUGAGAAUGAAGCGUAAAACCUUCGGAGAGAAAUGAAAGGAAUUAUUUUAUUACGUUCUCUUAAACAAUGAAAUCUCAAGGAUACGUUCGCAAAUAACAGCCGAUGGAUUCCAUAGCAAUGGAAUUUAUUGAAUCCUCUCGAUAGUGAGUACUUUCUCGAAACCUUGUACUGUAAAGUAUUUUCCACGAAAAUUAACAAAGGAUUCAAAAGCUCAUCGUCCUCGAUCCAGGAACAAUGCCGGGAUGAAUAAUGAACGAGGCUAAUGCAAUAGUUUGGCGAAAUAAAGUGGAGACAGAGAGCAAGGAAGAUGGAGUCAAACCAUUUACAAUUUUGAGGGAAGAACUGUCAGCUACGAAUUCUUUCUCGUCUCAUCUUCGAUAAAUUCGAGAGCAUGUGAACGACCACUAUGUACGACGAUUAUGUACGUGUACGUAGGUACUUGUUAUUUCCUCCUCAAUGAUCCUCUAAAGCUUCCUGAUUUUCUUUCUAAAUAUGUUUCUCACUUGUUUUCGUUAGUCGUCCUUUGAUGUGUCAAACAACAAGGUUCCACGAGAACGAUUUUCCUUUCAUUUCUUCCUCUUCAUGUCUUUAUUUUUGGAAUUUAUCUUUAUCCUUGAAUGGAUCACACUAUAUAAGGACACUUCACGGUCGCAAAUAGAUACGGUUCUUUGCGCGUUUUAAUAUAUAUGAAUUUUUUUCCUUUAUCGAUUAUAACGUUUUGUACAAAUAUGAUUAAAAUCGCCUCACUUUAAUUUUCAACGUAGCGUACCAUUCUCUUGAUAGCCUUUGGAAUAUCUGAAAAGAAAAGGACGUACCGUGAUUGACGGAUCGUCGAAUACGAGACGAGUGAAGGAAAGAGGGUGGAAGCCAAUAUGGAUUUCGGUGAUAAGGCUGUGGCACAUUCGUUGGUCGGAUUAUUAGCAUAGACGUGUUCGAUACAGCAUCUCUCAUCUGUUUUAUCUCUCCCUCUUUUCUCUUUCUUUUUGAAAAAUCUUGGAAUUUCAAGCAUACGAUAUCGGAAAAAUUGGCGUACUUCGCCCUCGACUUUCAAUUAUUAUUCGUGUCUUUUUUCGUACACGUACAUAUGUACUUACGUAUUUUUGCAUGUGCUACGUGCAUUCAAGCGAUAUCUGUUUUAAUUUCAAUUCGUUUUUAAAACAUC